AUGGUGGCCAGUUCAAGCGGAUUCGGCUUGACCGGGAGCUCAGAGGAGUACUCGGGUUUCAGGCCAGUUAUUCGCAUUAUCCUUGAGACUUGCCUCGAACCUAGCUCACUCUGCAUCCAUCUGCUUUUUCUUGUGCCUAGAGAACACAGCCGCAACUCCAACUAUUCCCAGACCGACAUCACUACCCAAAGCGCCACUAAUGACCCCAUUCCGAUUGCUCAGGUCGAAUUGCUGCUGGCUGCCGUGGAUCCCGUAGGAGUCGAUGAGGGGGUCGGAGGAGUUAUUAGAGUUACAUCGACAGGAGGUAUGGAGGGUAUCCUGGAGGAGAGCGCGGAGGAGAUUUUAAGAGUCGCUAGAGAGGUCGCGAAGCGAUCCGUGCUGGGCGAAGAAGCGGCAGAUGAGGUGAUUAUCUUGCCAUCGACGAUUUACACUCCCUUCCCAGCCAUACAGCUUAUAGAGGCAUUCUGA